AUGGCCGGGAGUGCGACGCUGCAACCAGUUGGUAAAACAAGCCAAGCCGAAGGAGGAAGCGAUGUGAUGGCAGGCAACAUAAGACAGUGGGCGUCCCAAAUAUAAGGAAACCGCCGCAUACUUUUUUCGGUCCCUCGGACGAUGGCCCCGCAGCAACAGCCCAUCCAACCCCUAUUCUCACAUGUUUCGCCGGACGAGCAUCAAACCAUCAUUACGCUGCUGAGCGGCAGUCGACGAUAGCCAGGCGGUUAGGUUGUUGAGGUUCGAGAGCGAUCUUACACUAGGUACCGACAGGAUGGUGCGGUGGAGCACAAGACAGACCGUGGUGGGCUCCCUGGAGGGGUGCGAGGUGGUGACGGUGCUGGUGGGCGACGAGCAGCGCGAGUUCACGGUACACCGGAAGCUGCUGUGCGACAGCUGCGCCUUCUUCCAGUCGUACGUCGACGCCAUCCCCUCUCCAGCAGCCUCAUCAAAAUCAAGAAAAAGCGGCGGCAACGGCCAGGAUGAGCACGACAACAAUGACAAUGACGACGACAAUGGCGACGACGACGACGACGACUCGGUGCUGUGGCUGCCCAACGAGGCGCCCGACAUGUUCGAGCUCUUCGUGCUGUGGCUCUACCAGCGCAAGCGCUUCCACACCUUCCUGGACCACGCGCUGCUGGCGCUGACGGCCGACGACCGGCGCGCCAUGCGCACCAACCUCGUGCGGCUGCACCUGUUCGCGGCCGUCAUCGACCUGGCGGCGCUGCAGGACGCGGCCAUGGACGCGCUGCAAGACCUGUACCUGCGCUUCGACUGGGACAUGUCGCCGGCAUUUUUGGCCUUCCUGUACGGCGACUGCGAGGCGGCCCACGCGGUGCGCCUGCGCAAGUGGGCCGUCGCCAUGCUGGCCUGGACGCUGCACGGCGCGCCCGACGGCGGCAGGAAGGAGGCGGCGGCGCAGGUCGAUCGCCUCUUCGCCGCCUACCCGGAGCUCAAGGCCGACUACGGCAUGCACCUGCACAAGAUGGCCGAGAGCCGGGCCGACGUGCGCGUCAAGAACCCGCAGUUGCGGCUGCCGGCCAACGAGCUGCGCAGCGGCGAGCGCUAUUUCGGCUUCCGCCAGUGCACCUUCCACAGCCAUCGGGCGACCGUGGGCGAGGGCACCUGUCCGCAUGCGCUGGCGCUGGGGCUGCAUUUGGAGGUGCCGCCGCGGAGGCCGUUGCGGAGGAGGAGGCGGCGGGAGAAGGAGUUGGAGAUGAUGGAGAUGGAAACGCUCGAGGAGAUGGAGUCGGACGUGUCGGAGGAUGCGGAUGCCGAGGAGGCCCCGAUCAUCUCGCCGGUCGGGAACCUGAACGAGAUUUCCUACCUGGACCUGUCAUGACCAACCGGGACUGGCUGGACAGAGCGUCGUCGUCUUUGCCUGGUUGCAGACGGCAGACACUCUCUUUCGAUCUAUGCUCAGGCAAACACCCUUCACUCGCCCGCACCCCCCUGUAUGCACUGCUGUGCCGCCGACGUCGUUCUCGGGGUUAGCUCCUGCAAUAGGAGGGCCGGGUGACUAGACUCAAUCAAGGCUGCAUAAAGCUUGCAAGAUACGCAGGAGGAUGGGUUGAUUGUCUCGGAGUUGGCUAAAGAUCA